AAAUCUAUCCAUAUAUUUUCGAGUCCCUUUAUAUUCAUGUACUAAGUCUGAUACAAACAUUUAUACGUAUUUUCACUUUAAUAUAGACGUCAUUAGGUAGUGGCGUGGGGUAGAAGUGUCAGUUACACCAUAUAGAUACAAAAUGAUUCUACAAUACCUGAGUAGUCUAGGAAGAAAGAAAAUAAUUCUCGCCAGCUCAUCACCACGUAGAAAAGAAAUAUUAGAGAAAAUCGGUUUGAACUUGACCAUAGUACCAUCAACGUUUGAAGAGAAUUUAGACCCCAGCAAUUUCAGCCAUCCAAGUGACUUUGUGAUUGCUACUGCACGUGGAAAAACAGAGGAGGUUGCUAAAAGACUUAGCAGCUCAAAUUCUCCUCCAGACCUUGUCAUUGGUGCUGACACUUGCAUUAGUCUUGGUGGACAAGUUUAUGGAAAACCUAAAGAUCGUGAGGAUGCAUUGUCUAUGCUUAAUAAGUUUAGUGGUACAAGUCAUAAUGUACUUACGGGAGUUUGUGUAAUGGUACAAAGAGGAACAACAUGGCAGGAGAUUUCCUUCAGUGAAGCCACAUCUGUUCAGUUUGCUGAAUUAUCUGCUGAUGAUGUUAAUGCAUAUAUUGACACCGGAGAGCCUUUUGACAAGGCCGGAGGUUAUGGAAUCCAGGGACUGGGAGGGAUGCUUGUGGAAGGAAUACAUGGUGACUACUACAAUGUGAUGGGCUUUCCUCUUCACAGGUUUUGUCUUCACUUGGCAACAGUUUUGAGUGAAUGAAUUCCUCAGUUCUCUCCAUCAUUUUCAUAUUAAUUUACUGUUAAUAUUUAUUUAUGAAUUAUAUAUUGUUUAUUCAUUUUGCAUUUACUGUAUAGCAACACUCGCUGAAUACUAUUAUUCUUCAGAUGUACAUAACACUUGUUCAUAGUUUCUUGAGCCUGUCCACAUUCUUUGAUCACAAUGUAAGUAUUUUUAAUGUCGUUUUAUACAAUCUUUUGUACUUAGCUCAUGUAUACAGUAUGUGAGAGUUCAUGUCUGAUGUUAAUUCAAUAUUUUAUCUAGUACAGGGUAUUGUAUUUUAAAAUUACUUUAAAGAUCAGGAUGUUAAUGCAUCAAAGCACCACUUACCAACUAACAAAAAUUCUGUUGACUGAACUUUAAUGUUUGGAUGCUCAGCAAGGCACACAUUAUGCCUUUUUUUUUUUUAAUUUACAUUUGGUUUUAUUCAGUGAAUCAAUAAAUAGAACUUUAAAUUUGUAUAUUAAUUAGAUAUCCCACUUAUGAUGACUAAAAGGAAAUAUUAACAACCAACUGGGAUGGGCAUUAUCAUUCAACUUUCCUGUAUGGAUGAUGGCAGCCAGUUGCUGUCUUUACAUGUCGUAAAGGAACGGGCACACACAGUACCUGUAACCCACAAACUUCUAUGUUUACAGUAAUUACCACAAGGUUUUUUGCUACAGUAUUAAAGAAUACCAAGCAGAAUCAUGUUCACCUUCAAAAUAUAUUUAAAGAACAUAAUAUAAAUCUAACUAAACUAGCAACAGCUGCAUGUGGUGACAACUGGUGGUGUUAGUGAGUGUAAGAGAAUGUGAUUGCUGAAAGGUGCUCAGUAAUUUAUCUACAGUGCUGACUUGAUCACACUAAAAAUUACUGAAUCCUAAAGUAUAAAAGAAUAUAUAGAAGCAAAAUUAUGUUUGCGUUGAUGGAUAUGAUACAAUUAAUUUUGUCAAAAUUUACUGCGCUGUUCCAAGUAGGUUUCCAAAGCUUGACACUCCACUAAGGUGGAAAUUUUGAAUUUGUACUUGGGAUGUAAUUGGACUUUAGAAUGAUGGAUACUCAAAGUUUGAAGAUUUACUGUCCUGUAAUUAUUUUUGUAUUGGUAGAUUGCAUCUGGUGAUAGUCAUGCUACCGGUAUAGUUUUGUACAUCAGUGAGGGAGCAGGAGCCAGUCCAGUCCACUCUUGGACAUAUUUCCUGUACCAACAAUGCUAGGCCAAUACAAGCACCAUAGAACAUCAACUCUGGUGAGUACACACUAUACAGUACAGUAUACACUUUCCAUUAGUAGUACAUCAGUAUUCAAGUUUAAUAUUAUUAGGUUAGGUCAGUGGUUGUGGUAUUCCAAACAUAAGCCCACGUAAAUAAAAAAAAAGGUGUAAAUGAACCGAGCGCAUUAUUCUAAAAAUAGCAGAAACUAACCACGUAUAAAUCAAGAUAUACAGUCCAUGCCACACAGACUGGCGGCCUUGAAAUUCAAGCGGUAACUUCACUGGGUCCACCCCUCCCCACCUCCCAAAACAUACAAAUCAGGAAAUUAAUUGAUGGUCAGCACGUUGUCAGCCGAUCGAUCACAUGGAUACUGCGGCAGUAUCACGUGUUCUGACUAUUACUCUCAAGAUAUUAUAGAUGGACAACAAUGCACUGUGGAUACAGGUAGUAAAUAUAUUACUAAUUAUGAAUUUUAAUGCAAAUAAGAGAAACGGUAAUUAAUUAAACUUAUAGAAAUAAUGAUUAGUUUAGGAAAAAACAAGGUAAUCAAGAAAUAAAACUAAACUUAGUUAUGAUGAUGCACAAUUUCAAUGAGACUGAUGAUUUGUGACUUACUUCACCUUGACUAAAUAUCCACAGCUCCACAUCAUAUCCAUUAAAUAUCCACUUUAUAUCAUACUACAGAACCUGGGAGGCCACCCAUGCCACAUUUGUCGGGAACCUUUUAGAAUCUUUAGGGAAAUUUGUAGUUGUCUGAGCUCACCUGUUUAUUUUGAAUAUUGUCCGAGAUAGAUGGAAAAGUGCAUGAAGACGACCCACUGUCCGAGAAUCGCGGGUAUCUGAGUUGGUGAGGGUUUACUGUAGUACUGUAUUCCUUAAACUUACAGAACAUCUUCGAGGAAGAUUUUUCUCCUAGUCCUUAAGUCAAAACAGCUGCGAGGAAUUGGUUCCAUUGUGGAUGGCAUCGAGAAACUGUUUGAGUGUUGGCAGAAGUAAUUGGGCAGUAGAUAAUACUUUUCAGCACUCCCUCGUAUGUAAAUAGAACAAAACCUAAGGAAAAAUAAUAUAAAUUGUUCAGAUUUGGAAGAAUUAUUUAAUUUUUUGAGAAAGAUAUUCAAGUAAACAUUUUAUUGCAUUUUGAACAUUAGAAUGGUCAAAAAGUAUGACAUGGAAUAAACAUAUACUUGUGGCUUAUACCACUAGAUUAUGUAACUUGAUUGGAUUAAAAAAUAUACAUACAGUACUAACAAUGAUUGGGAAAUCAGAUGCCAAGCAUAUUAAAUGUCUUAAAGGUAAGUAAUAGAUAUAUAUGUAAAUGUUUCCUUGAAGUUAUCUAUACAGUAUUUAUGCAUUUGUGAGACUUGUAUAAGUAAUAUUAAUUUCAACCACAUUUAUUCAACUAAGAUCAGAAUGUUAAGAAGUUGCUACCAAAUACAAUACUCUGGUUAAAGUAUUUAAUACUAAAAUAGGAACUACAGUAGUGUAUCAUCUGAAUAUAACUAGAAGAUAUGCAAUAGGUAUAACUGUAUUGCUGACUCUUUAUGAAGACAACAUGCCUUUAUAUUAGAAACACUAAUAAAGAAGGUAAGCUAAGGUUUACCCUAUUGUAAACAUGUGAGCAAGGUUAUUGUAAAUAAGAUCAAGGCAAGUCAUUCUUACCAUUAAUUCCUCCAAUCAUAUUCUAUGAAAAGAUUUGUACUAACAUAUACCAAGAGGUAUCUCAUUUACAUAUAUCAGUCUAUCCAGAAGGCAAAAUCCUUCAAAUUCGCUUUGGCCUUUGUGAAUUUCUGCGCACACAUUCUGUUGGAGAUCCACAAAAACAUUCAGGGUAUUUGCCUUAGUGUACUACAUGUAGAUUUUAGUUGUCAUUAAAAUGACACAGCUGCCUUCUACUUACACACUAAGAAAUAAACCAAUUCACAUAAAAACAAGGUGAAUACUCUUACUGGGCGAGAUAAUCCUCAUAAGUUAGGAGAAGGGGUAAGAGUUUAACAAAAGAUUACAAAAUACUAUAGUACUGUAAAUAACGAAGUCUAAGAUUGUGUUCAAUUUGAUAAUGUGCAACCAACCAUUACAUGGAGGUGCAGUGAGAUGGAGGCCCCAAAAGACAAACCAUUAACAACAGUAGUAAAGAAGCUACGAGUUAACACUUUCAACAAACCUACCUCCCUGCCAUGAUGUGGUGCCUCAUGGGACACCAGGGCCUGGUAAUUUACUACCAAUUUGAAUUGAUGACCAUAAAAAAAUUAUAAACUAACCAGAAUCUUAAGUUACAUAAAAUGAACAGCAACAGGUGAUAGUGGAAUUUUUUUGUUUUUGAAAGAUAGGAUGUAAAAAAAUAUAGAUUAUAAUGUUGCUGUAUACUAUCAGCAAUUGUAAUGGAAUUUUGGAAUAAAAAUUAUAACAAAACAGUUAACCUAAAAAUCUAUGUACAUCUCUGUGCCAUUGAUUUCAAUUCAUUCAAACUCAAAUGUGGUCUCCUACAUGAUGCAUUUGCUUACUCUACCUAUACCGUACAAGCAUAUGAGAAAUAUCAAAUGACUUCUCACAAUCAUAACAAUAUAACGAGAAGACUAAUCCCUUGAUACAAGCUACCUUAAUAUUUGAUUGUCUACAACUGACUUGUGCUCCUGUUAGCGCUAGCUAUCACAUGACAGUAUAUCACAGAGCCUCGUUUCUCCAUAUUUAGUUCUGUACUUUCUAAAAUCAUCACAGUUGGAAGCUAUGGCAAACUCUGUAAUUUCCAUCAUCACAGUAUUAACUCCAUUAUAGCCACAAAUCUGAAAGCAUUUUAUCACUUGAUAAAUCCCUCAGGUUUGGACUUUUAUUCCACUGUAAGGAAAAAAAAGAAAAAGAUCAGCUUGUCCAUCA